ACUUAGACACCUCAGCGCCACGUCAGCUGGCGCUGAAUGCCGUGCCACGACGGAUGAGAGACUAAGUCAGCAUGCCAACGUACAUUCAGCGCCAUGCUAUUUGGCGCUGAGGUUUCUAAGUUCAGCGCCACAAGAUUUGGCGUUGAGCAAAAGGGUCAGAUUUCAAAUAAGUUUUGGCAACGGUUCAUUUGUAAAAAUAGUUUCUGCAAAGGAUCGAAUUAUCAAAAUUUGUGGAAAAACUGAUUUGGCCCGUCAACACAGCAGACUUAGAUUGAAUGACAGCACACAAUUUUAGACUUGUCAUGAAGCUACGUUGACUGAAGAGCAAGGCAGCCAUAUCUGUAUCACUAUACCAGCACACUGCAACAUCGUAAUAUGCAGCUUCCUGCAUGCCCUAUUGUUGAACCUUCCCUCCUCUCUUCCAGGUUUUGUUUGGAGCCAUGCCUGUCCCUGGCGAGAAUCGUCGGUGCUUUCUUGCGGUACUCCAUUUCUUCACCAUCAUCCUGAUAAUUAUCACGUUUCCAUCCUCCACUGCAGCCAUUGGCGAUGGUCAGUUCGGGUACUAUGGCUUCUCCAACAGCAGUCUCACCGUCGAUGGAGCUGCCAUGGUGCUGCCAGGGGGCUUGCUACAGCUGACCAACAGUACGGCCAAUAUGAAAGGCCAUGCCUUCCAUCCGACUCCUUUCCGGCUUCGCAAGUCGCCCAACACUACGGUGCAGUCCUUCUCCGCCUCCUUGGUGUUUGGCAUCAUCUCCCCUUACAUUGAUCUUGGGUCACAAGGCAUGGUUUUCUUGGUUGCCCCAAGCACUAAUUUUUCUGAUGCGUUAGCCGCACAGUACCUGGGUCUGUUCAACAUUAGAAACAUUGGCAAUCGUAGUAACCAUGUUUUUGCCGUUGAGAUCAACACCAUAUUGAAUAGCGAGUUUAUGGACAUCGAUGACAACCAUAUCGGCAUCGACAUAUGUGAUCUUCGCUCCGUGACAUCUCAUUCAGCGGGCUACUACGACAACAGCACCGGUGGCUUCCAUAACUUGAGUCUAAUCAGUGGUGAGGCGAUGCAAAUUUGGAUCGACUACGAUGGAGGGGCAAAGCAGAUUGACGUGGCCUUGGCUCCAUUCAAAAUGGCCAAACCCACCAAGCCACUACUGUCAAUGCCCUAUGACCUCUCAUCAGUGAUCUCAGAUGUUGCAUAUGUAGGUUUAUCAGCUGCAACAGGCUUAGCAGGGUCGAGUCAUUAUAUUCUAGGCUGGAGCUUUAGCAUGAAUGGACCCACUCCUCCUUUCUUCACUGCUCAACUACCAGAUCUACCUCGUAGAGCUCAAGAAGCUUCACGGCGCAAGGUAUUGCCGAUAAUUGUUCCUAUAGUAACCGCCACAUCUGUCUUACUGAUAACCUUGGCUGUCUUCCUAUUUGUGCGGAGGCGUUUGAGAUAUGCUGAGCUGCGAGAAGAUUGGGAAAUUCAGUUUGGACCGCACAGGUUCUCAUUUAAGGACCUAUAUUUUGCAACUGAAGGGUUCAAGAAUAGUCACCUCUUAGGCACAGGAGGAUUUGGAAGAGUGUACAAGGGUCUCCUUUCCAAAUCUAACAUGCAGAUUGCUGUGAAGCGUGUGUCCCAUGAAUCAAGGCAAGGCAUAAGAGAAUUUGUUGCAGAGAUUGUUAGCAUCGGUCGCCUUCGGCAUCGGAAUAUUGUGCAGUUACUUGGCUAUUGCCGGCGCAAAGAUGAACUUAUAUUGGUCUAUGAAUAUAUGCCACAUGGUAGCCUUGAUAAAUACUUGUAUUGUCAUAGCAACCAUCCUACUUUAGAUUGGAUUCAACGUUUCCGAAUAAUCAAAGGCGUUGCAUCUGGUUUAUUGUACCUUCAUGGAGACUGGGAGAAAGUUGUCAUCCAUCGAGACGUCAAGGCUAGCAAUGUGCUUCUUGAUGCAGAAAUGAAUGCACGCUUAGGUGAUUUUGGCCUUGCAAGAUUAUAUGACCAUGGUACUGACAUGCAAACCACACACCUAGUUGGCACUAUAGGAUAUCUUGCCCCUGAGCUAGUACGAAGAGGUAAAGCUUCACCCCUCACCGAUGUCUUCGCCUUUGGCAUAUUUGUUCUUGAGGUUACUUGUGGACGAAGACCCAUUGAACAUAAGAUGAAUAGUGACAAGCUCCUGUUGGUAGACUGGGUGAUGGAUUGUUGGAACGAGGGAUCACUUCUUGAGACAAUGGAUCCAAAGCUCCAAAAUGAGUAUGAUGCUGAUGAAGCAUGCCUAGCGCUGAAACUAGGAUUGCUUUGCUCACACCAAUCCCCUGCUGCAAAGCCAAGCAUGUGGCAUGUCAUGCAGUAUCUUAACCAUGACUUGCCAUUUCCCGAGUUGGCGCCAAUGGACAUGGUGCAGAACCGUCAGGUGGACUCACCCGUUGCAUAUUGCCAAUCAGUGGUGAGCGAUGGCACCAUCUCUGGCCUCUCCGAAGGGAGGUAGCAUCCACCUACUGCCAUAUAUAAACUUAAGUUUCAGUUUCUUUAAUUUUGAGGCAUAUUUCCUCCUAGUAAAAUGUUAUACAUGUAUAAUCUAGUAUGAUUGUAAGGCCUCCAAAACAAAAGGAAGUUACUACUAAAUGCUUGUUUAAGCAUUGGUUUGUGUAAUCAAAUAUGUAUUGUUA